AUGUACGAAUUGGUCCGUGUUGGUCACGAGGAACUUGUUGGUGAAGUAAUUCGUAUAGACGGUGAUAAGGCAACUAUUCAAGUGUACGAAGAGACUGCCGGCUUAACUAUAGGAGACCCCGUAUUAAAAACCGGGAAACCACUUUCCGUAGAGCUGGGUCCGGGAUUGAUGUCCAACAUUUACGAUGGAAUCCAGCGGCCAUUAAAGAUUGGUGACCAUAUCACCGGCGGAGACAUUUAUGGGCAAGUUUUUGAAAAUUCUUUAGUGAAAAACCAUAGUAUCAUGUUACCUCCUAAAGCCAUGGGCACUAUUACGCAUAUUGCAGAAAAAGGAACAUAUACUUUAGAAGACACCGUUCUCGAGACCGAGUUUGAAGGUCAAAAGUUUAAAUAUUCAAUGAUGCAACUUUGGCCUGUUCGAUCACCACGUCCCGUUACCGAAAAACUAUCUGCCAAUUAUCCUUUACUCACCGGGCAACGUGUGUACAAGGAGGCACUACGGCCAUCCCUGGUGCCUUCGGCUGCGGUAAAACGGUUAUUUCACAAUCUUUGUCAAAAUAUUCCAAUUCUGAUAUUAUCAUAUAUGUUGGAUGCGGAGAGCGGGCUUUCUAUUACUAUCGAUGACCGCAAAGAGUCCAUAAUGAAGCGUACAACAUUGGUGGCCAACACUUCAAAUAUGCCCGUAGCCGCUCGGGAAGCAUCAAUUUAUACUGGAAUUACAUUAUCCGAGUAUUUCCGCGAUCAAGGAAAAAAUGUCGCUAUGAUGGCAGACUCCACUUCCCGUUGGGCAGAAGCACUCCGUGAAAUAUCUGGUCGUUUGGCUGAAAUGCCAGCAGGCGGUGACUUUUCUGAUCCUGUUACAACCUCAACCCUUGGUAUUGUACAGGUGUUUUGGGGUUUAGACAAGAAGCUUGCUCAAAGAAAGCACUUCCCAUCAGUUAACUGGUCUAUAAGCUUUUCCAAAUACCUCAAAAUAUUGGAAUCCUAUUAUGAAUCUACAGAACCUGAUUUCAUACCUUUGAGAGAUAGAACUAAAGAAAUUCUUCAAAAGGAAGAAGAUUUAUCGGAAAUUGUUCAACUCGUUGGCAAGAGUGCUCUUGGAGAAGCUGAUAAGAUUACAUUGGAAGUUGCAAGAAUUAUCAAGGAUGAUUUUCUGCAGCAAAAUGGGUAUUCGGAAUAUGAUAGAUAUUGUCCAUUCUACAAGACAACCUGGAUGCUAAAAAAUAUGAUUGGUUUCUAUAAUGCUGCUACACAUGCUGUCGAGGUUACAAACAACGAAAUAACGUGGGCUAAGAUCAGGGACAAUAUGGGGGAUAUACUGUACAAACUGGGUUCUAUGAAGUUCGAGGACCCUGCUGAAGGUGAAGAGAUUCUUAGUGAACGUUAUCAAAAAAUUCACAACGAAAUCCAAGAAAGAUUUAGACAACUGCUCGAAUAG